CUGCAUUAUUACACAGGAUGUCUCGCCUCAAGUCAGGGCAAUCUGAAGCAAGAGGCACGCACUCUUAUGUAAAACAGAGGCAAUGCCCAGGGCUUUCCCUCUUACCAGUCUACAGUGUCAAGUCCCAGCAAUGUUAGAGCAGCUUGCUCCCACCACGGGCGCUCAGCCAUCAGGCGAGCAACUGCCACCUUGCUGCAUGAUAGAAUGCAUGAUAUCUCGGAACGAACUGUUCUCACACUGGCAGUACACACCACCUGGCACCUCUCCAUUGCCCACGUGGCGACUUGACAGCAAGACUCGGAAUCGACUGCAGUGUGCCUUGAUCUGCCACUGCAGUGCAUCAAGAGCUGGAACUGCGGUGCCCCCAAGGCAUGGCCUGCAUGUAUCUGGUGGGAGACGACCACCACCGCGGCCUCCCGAGUUGUGGACACAGAACUUGAAUGCUAUGCUGCCCCUGCAGUCGCCCUCGGUAGGUCAGGAGUCCUGGUACACUUGUGCCUGAGUAUGCUCCUUCAGCAAUCAGCCAUGCACUGGGCAGCGCCACAGUCUUGUGGUCCGAAGUCACUGGUGCACUCGAGUACUGUCCGACUCUGCCCCACGAGGUCGACAGCAUGUCUCUUGUCAUUCACGGCCUGUCCCUCGCUGGCUAGCUCGCAAUGCAGCAGGUAGACCACACUUGCAGCCGGUUGCACUCUGGCUUCUUGACGCGGACCAACCUGGUGGUCACGGUGGCAGACCACUGCCAGUGCUCCUGAUCGGUUCAUUCAUGAAACCUCGCCUGUCUUGACUCCCUUUGCACGACUCCCUUUGCACGACUCCCUUUGCAUGUGUUCUCCUGCUUUAUCGCCACUCGGCUCCCAACACUGGGCACUCAUUGUGCCACUGACGCAGGGUACAGUCACUUGCAUACCAGGUAUCUGGGUUAUCGUCAUGAUAUGCCCUCUAGUUUCCACAAGGACGGGUUUCGGCUGCAUCAAGACACAGAGCCGUAUUGCUCGCGACAAAGGCAAGUUCUCUAAUCCAGAAGCAACGAGCAGCACUGGAGUUAGCCAAUGCGCACAUCAUACUCAACCACCCUGCCUCUAGGAACUCUUGGUAUUGGUCGACGAAUUCGGACAGUGCUGCUCAUACUAUA